AUGGCCAAAUUUGUUCGUCGCCAGAGAAAGCACAAAGUCCUCGCUCGCGAGAAAGCGCGUGAAAAUGGUACGCAUGAUGCGACUGAACAGGACUCUAACGUCCAGGAGAUACUACCGGCACAGGUGAGGGAAAGGGAGGAGAGAAAAGCUCGGCUGAAGGAUGAAUUGGGAGGCCAAGGAGUCAAAGUUAGCAGCAAAAAAGCUAAGCGGUUUGACAAAUAUGUUGAGAACAAGCUCAAGAAAGACGAGACCAGGGAGCUUCUCGCCAAACUUGCUGAAAGCAAGAUCGACACGAGUCUUUUGAGCAGCACUAAAACUCUGGGAAGGGGGCGAUUAACGAAACGAGAGGAACUUGGUCGCGCCCUUAAGCAACAUAAUGCUGGUAUCGCGACGGAUGAUGGUAUCAAAGGGCUGCUCUUCCAAGAAAGACUAGAUGUGGGUGAUGAACCUGCAUCUUCAUCAGAUUCUGAAGAACAACCCGAGAUAAAAUCUCACUCACCCAUCACCGCGCCAGCGGUAGUUGCCACAACUGCGCUGACGAUCACCAAUUCUGAAAAGGUCUCCUCAGCUGGCUCUGGUCUAAAACGCCCCCUGCAGUUGGAUGAUGACGGUCGUCCAAAACUUCAAAAGAGACAGAAGCGUGGCGGUGUCAAAUCAAAGAUAUCCAUUCUCCAACCCGAAGAAGUAGAGAAUUCAGGCUCUGACGAGUGGAGCGGGUUCAGCUCAGAGAGCGACAGUGAUGACAUGGACCAGGACGAGACCUCAGUUGCCGGUGAUUCAAAAGAAAAUGUAUCUGGAAAUGAAUCUACUGAGGAGGAUGAUGAUUCUAGCAAGGAAAACUCGAGCGAUGAGAGCGGCAGCGAGGAAUCCGAGUCCGGGUCAGGAGACGACGAGGCAGAAGAUGAUGAACAAAAAUCGAACAAGAAAGAGAGAUCCUCUGCUUUCAAAGCCUGGGCUCACCAGCAAAGGAACGAGGCUUUAGGAUACCAGCCAAUGGAUUCGGAAUCACAGAUACUACACAUACCAAAGCCAGCAAAUUUCGAACCCAGACCGGUUGAGCAAGAUCCUCUUCCGAUGGAGUUGCUACCGACAAAGAACACGAGCCGUAAAGCUUAUAGCGUUACGGUGACCCGGCCACCCGAUAUUCAAGCUGCCAGGCUGCAGCUACCGGUUGUUGCUGAGGAGCAGAGGAUCAUGGAAGCAAUUCAUAAUCAUGACAUUGUGGUGGUGUGUGGUGCGACUGGCUCUGGUAAAACAACACAAGUUCCUCAAUUCCUGUAUGAAGCGGGUUACGGCUCUCCUGACUCUCCAAUGCCCGGUAUGAUCGGUAUCACGCAGCCCCGGCGAGUUGCGGCCGUCAGCAUGUCCAAGCGUGUGGGUCAGGAGCUGGGUGACCAUUCUCACAGGGUGGCAUACCAGAUCCGGUUCGAAGGCACUGUUGAUCCGAAGACAUCCUUGAAAUUUAUGACAGAUGGCGUGCUCCUUCGUGAGGUUGCGCAAGAUAUUGCGCUGAGAAAAUACUCGGCAAUUAUUGUUGACGAGGCACACGAGAGGAGUGUGAACACCGAUAUUCUGAUUGGCAUGUUGAGCAGAGUUGUCAAGUUGCGGAGCGAUAUGGCUAAGGAGGACACUACAAUACGACCACUCAAACUUGUCAUCAUGUCUGCUACGCUGAGAGUUGAGGAGCUGACUGAAAAUCCAAAUUUAUUCUCGACUCCUCCGCCAGUUCUGCAGGUAGAGGGGAAACAGUUCGAUGUCACCAUACAUUGGGCGCGAAGAACACAUCACGAUUACGUAGAGGAAGCGUACAAAAAGAUAUGUAGAGGCCAUCGAAAACUGCCACCUGGGGGCUUUCUUGUUUUCCUCACGGGACAAAAUGAGAUUAUACAACUAAUGAAACGACUAAGGACGGAAUUUACUGGAAUGGACACUGUAACUGGACCAAAAGUACGGAUUCCAACAAGCCAAGCACCUAUAGAGGCUGAAGACAUCGACUUCGGGGACAUCGAUGAUAGAGGAGUUCAAGAUUUUGACGAUGAGCCACCAUCUGACGAAGAAGUAGAAGAUGAGGACGCCGAGUUUGAUAUACCUGAGGAAGAAACCGGGACUGGUCCUUCACGAAUGCAGGUUCUUCCCCUUUACUCGCUUUUGCCGACAAAGGAGCAAUUGCGCGUGUUUGAACCGCCUCCAGAUGGGUCGCGCCAAGUUAUCAUUGCGACAAAUGUCGCAGAGACUAGUUUGACGAUUCCUGGAAUAAGAUACGUCUUUGAUUGCGGUCGUUCCAAGGAGAGACGAUACGACCGCAUCACUGGAGUCCAGACUUUCGAGAUUGGUUGGAUCAGCAAAGCGAGCGCGAAACAAAGGCGUGGCCGUGCCGGUCGAACAGGCCCUGGUCAUUGGUAUCCGCUAUAUUCUUCGGCUGUCUACGAAAGGGAUUUCCCCGAGUUUGGUGAUCCGGAGCUUUUGCGAAUGCCGAUUGAGGGGGUAGUCCUCCAGUUGAAGGCCAUGAAUUUGGAGAACGUGGUCAACUUCCCUUUCCCGACACGCCCGAGCCGGGAGAGUCUGAUAAAGGCUGAGAAACUCCUAACAUAUCUAUCUGCAAUCACAGGGGAAGGGAAGGCUACCCAAAUUGGAGCUACAAUGUCCAUCUUCCCCUUGUCUCCUCGGUUUGCUAGAAUCAUACUUGUUGGACACCUUCAUGAUUGCCUGCCCUACACCAUUGCUUUGGUGGCUGGACUGUCAGCUCCAGAUUUCUUUAUACCAGAGCAUGAAGCCAUCCCGGCCUUGCCAGCCGAUGACGGGGAAUCGAUCCGCACUCCAGCAGAUAUUGCUGCCGAAAACGAGCAUGCCAACAAGAAACGAGCGUACAAUGCGACCCACAAGAACUUUUGCUUUCUUGACGACAGAUCAGAUGCAAUCAAGCUUCUCCAAGUUGUGGGUGAGUUUGCGCAUGAGCCUACUGAAGAAUGGAGCAAAGACCACUUUGUGCGCUUCAAGAUCUUGAAGGAGAUUCAGCAACUUCGACGGCAAAUUGUCGACCUGCUGAGAACCAACAUCCCUAACUUUGAAGGUCUCGCCUUCCAGGACAAGCUUGAUCCACCGUCGUCGAAGCAAGUGACAGCUCUGAAACAGAUGGUUGCUGCUGGCUUCAUUGACCAGGUCGCCAUACGGGCUGACAAGUCACCCAAUCCGCCAGAGGAAUGGAGGAAGCCCCGUCGUGCCAUCGACGUCUCUUAUCUGCCCCUCAUGCCCCUUGACGUUGGCAAAUCGGCAGAUAUUACGGAGAGAAUGGUUUAUAUCCACCCGUCAUCCCCGCUAGCACACUUGAGCCCUGCAGAGUGUCCCGAGUAUAUUGUUUACUCCUAUCUUCAGAGAGGGCAGGCGUCUGGAGCGGAAGGCGAGAAGAAGGCAAGAACGAGGAUGCACGCUCUCACGGAUAUCACGGGCGGACAACUCGCGGCACUUGCCAAGGGCACCCCACUGAUCAGCUAUGGGAAGCCCAUUAAGGAAGUCAAGGGCUCCGAGUCAGAAGAUGGGCGUGUAAGAGAAGUAUGGGUCGUACCGUAUCUGAGAGCUGAAGGCGUGGGAGGCAUGGGUUGGCCUCUGCCUGCUAGGAAGGUCAAGCAACGGAAACUCGCCGGUAAAGGGUGGGUUGUGGAAUGA